AGAUCAAGCUAUGGGAAGCGCUCUACCACGUCUUUAUACUUCCCCAGUAAGCCUAUAAGUUUGACAUUCAUAAAAGAUUUUGUAAGAGUUCCAAACUAGUUCAUCUUUUCAAACCCUGAGCCCCGUCCAAUGUCCACUGCAUCUCCUGAAGAAUACUCGUAAUAAUAAAAAAAAGACUGCCGUACCUAUCAUACGUAAAGAACAAUGAUCUAUGACCGUAUAUAAAACUAUGUGACCGCUCCAAUUGUUUGUUUAAUGUAGUACGAUAAUUACAUUGUGUAGUUUUCCGUGAUCGGAUGGGAUAAGAAAGCGACGAAGAGAGACUUUAUUUCAUCUUUUUUUGGAAACAUAUGGUUCAUCUAUCAGUUGCGUUCAUGGAUGUAGAGGAUUAGAAAACUCUCCUUGAUUUUUCCAGACAAUAGUCUAAUUGAUAAUAGAAUCAGAUACAGAGAAAUCUUUGAAAUCUGAGACCAUGGCGACGGGGCCGACUUCUUCAACAGUUCCUGAUUCUAACCCACCAUUCAGCCAAGGACUGCAAGGAGGGGACAGGAAAAGAACUUGGCAAGAACUGCACAGCAAUGUCAAGUCUAUGAGACGGAUUCACAUGCUCUUGGCCAACCGGGUGUCUCUGGAGUUUACUUUCAGGGUUGUUGAAACCGAGAAUGGACCACGGACAAGGCUGUACUUUUUAGGAGUGCCUCCAGGUAAUAGAGAAAACACGCUACUCCAUGCUGACAUGCCCACAGAGGAAGAUGAUGGUAGCGGAGAUUCGGUCUCACGCUGGAAACCCUUGCUUAUCCCAUUCCGAGGCCUCAUGCAAACUGGCAACUUCUCCAAGGAGGAACAGCUGCUAAGAGAGAGGAAACGAAUGGGGACGUUUGGCAUAACUACCUAUGACUGUGAUGUAGAGAGUGGACGAUUUCUCUUUCCUGCCAGCGGCAGUCUGUUUACUUGUGUAGAUCCCGAUCUCAUUACCUACCCAGUAUACCCCAGUGAAGUACCGACACAAUGUCAAGGAGUGAGAUUGGAUGCUAAGCUAUGCCCUACCAACAGCAAUCUAUUAGCAUUCAUCACAGAGAAUGAUCUAUGGGUAUCCAAUGCCAUCACGGGAGACGAGAAGAGAAUAACAUUUGCCAAUAAAGGCUUGCCCAACAUAGCAGAGGACCCCUGCAGUGCAGGAGUGACCAGUUACAUCAUCCAGGAGGAAUUUGAUCGCUACACCGGUUACUGGUGGCAACCGGAUGUCCCCGAAGAACAGAAGACGGAGAGGACGGUGUAUAGGAUACUCUAUGAGGAAGUUGACGAGAGUGAGGUAGAGAUACUCAACAUCGUAGCACCGGGCCAUGGCGAUGGAGGUGUCGACAGAUAUCGCUAUCCUAAAGCAGGUACAACCAACGCAAAGAAUGUGCUGAAGAUUGUAGAAUUCACCCUAAAUGAUGAGGGAAAGCUUGAAGAAAGUUGCAUUCACAAGGAGCUGAGAGAACCACUGAAGACAAUGUUUCCGUGGAUGGAAUACAUCAUCAGACUAGGCUGGACACCAAAUGGCAGAUAUGUCUGGGCCCAACUAUUGAGUCGUAACCAGCAGAGUACAGUCCUCCUCCUCAUCCCUAUGGAUAGCUUUGUACCGGUCGGUCAAGACAAACCGAUGACCUCCGAAGGCCAGGUCAACAAACCGGUCGUCCGUGUUCUUUACGAGGAGCAUUCUGAUAUUUGGAUCAAUUCUCACAACGUCACCCACUUCUUCCCACAAACCAACCCAAAUGAGAUGAGUUUUAUUUGGGCUAGUGAAGCAACAGGAACCAGGCAUCUCUAUCAGAUCACCUCAGACUUGCAUCCAAGGGAAGCGAUUCCAGGUAGUCUUAAGCCAGCCAUUCUUAAGUUUGAGAUGUUGACAUCGGGUCAUGGUGAGGUCUCUGCACAUAAUAUAUGGGUAGAUGAAGACAGGUCAUUAGUAUGCUAUACAGCUCUACAUGAUAGCCCCAUAGAAGAACACUUAUAUGUAGUAUCGUAUGCCGAUCAUCAUCCACCAAUCAGAAUUACGCAGCUAGGAUACAGUGUACAAAGUGCCAUGAUCAGCCCAGAUUUCCAGUAUUGUGUGUGUACAGUGAGCAACCUGACCACGCCCCCCUUCACCACCGUCAAUAGACUAGAAUGGUCGACCACUGGUUCCCUGGGGGUCUCAAUGAAAGAACUCUUCAAACUUAUGCUGCCACAUACUAUGCCAUUCCCAUUCGUGCCUCCGGAACUGUUCACCUACAAGAACUCCUCCACUGGGGAUGAUAUGUACGGUCUUCUGUUCAAGCCUCAUAACAUAGAACCAGGCAAGCAAUACCCAACAGUGCAGUUUGUCUAUGGUGGUCCUCAGGUCCAGUUGGUGUCAAAUUCCUUCAAAGGGGUUCGUUUCCUACGCCUCUACACUCUAGCAUCACUGGGCUAUGCGGUGGUGAUCGUUGAUGGACGAGGGUCUUGUAAGAGAGGACUCAGAUUCGAAGGUGUUCUUAGAAACAGACUUGGUCAUGUUGAGCUAGACGACCAGGUGGAGGGACUACGUUGGAUUGCUGCAAAAUCAGAAUGCAUUGAUCUCAAUAGAAUAGCAAUCCACGGUUGGUCCUAUGGGGGAUACUUAUCGCUCAUGGGGCUUGCAAAGAAACCAGAUGUAUACAAGGUGGCCAUUGCCGGAGCCCCCGUCACAUGUUGGACAGUGUAUGACACAGGUUACACUGAACGUUACCUGGACACGCCAAGCAACAAUCCUACUGGAUACGUCCAGAGCUCAGUACUCAACUUAGCUAAGAACUUUCCUAAUGAUGAGAAUCGUCUUCUCAUUGUCCAUGGAUUGAUAGAUGAGAAUGUACAUUUCCACCACACCAGUCUCCUCAUUGAUGAACUUGUCAAACAUUGUAAACCCUAUCACUUACAGAUCUACCCUCAAGAGAGACACGGGAUCAGACGUCUGGAGACAAGUGAACACUACGAGACAAACAUACUCAGCUGGCUACAACAACAUGUAUGAACAUCGUAAGACAAAUUUCAUUUUCAAUUUUGUCUUUGCAGCUUUAGUACUGAUGAUAAGUGACUAUUAUGUAGAAUUUGGUUCAACUCAAUGCUGCUAGUGUGGCCAGUGCUAAUAGACAGUAUCUCCAACUUGCUUUUCUAAUAAACACCUGCAUUGAUGGAUUCUAUGUUUGUGAUGCACUUUUUAUAUGAAGUGAAGCUAUGGACCGUUUCACGAACGUGGCCAGGCGCAUUUAGUUGUCAUGACGAUGGCAAUAGACAGUGAUGACAACGAUGCCGAUCGUUAAAAACCACAUUUCUAAAUGAAGUCUAAUGCGUAAGAUCAUGUAUGGCACAGUUCGACAGUAAGCAGCUCCGUAAAUUAUGUAUGCCCGACACCCAAUUCAUGGAGCCUUCCUGAUACAAUUUGUCCCGGUUUUGUAGUUCUAAUAUAGGUCUAAAUGCAAUCAAAUUAUUAUGGCUCGAGCAACUUAUGAAGUGAAGUAAAAAUGGAAAUAAAAGUAAAAAUUAUAAUAAUCAUAAUAAAACUUUAUUUACCCAGGGUAGCCACUUCAGUUAUAAAACUGCUCUAUCAGCGGGCCCUGCAUUUAUAAUAUAAUGUUAUUAUAAAUGGGGGUCAAUCAUACCAAAAGGUUGAUGACCUUUUGGAAUUGCCCUUUUAUGUUUAUUGUGCAUAUAUAAACAAUUAGCACUUGAAUGUAUGUACUAUGUAUUUUGUCUGUAUAGGGAAGUUGCAGUUUAUUCAUUUUAUUCAUGAACUUGUGAAUGUUUAAUCACACUGAACAAGCGUUGAUGUUAUACACUGUAUGCCAUGGUCAUAUGAUGCUACUGCAACUCAUUCCCAUCGAAACUUGUUUGUAACAUUUUUGUAGUCCAAAUGGCUGCGAUGCCAAUUAUUACUUUCAAUGAAAGCCUGACGCUCACCCACCGAUUAAUGCCUUGUGCAAGGAUUUUUUUGUUUGGAACCAUCUAGAGGUUGUAAGAAAAAAAGACAUCUGACACUAUCACUUUUGUUCUUUAUAGACGACAUAUUGUCUAUAAACUAUUGUGACAUUAUUUUAUAACAAGAUGAUCAAGAUUAUUGUGAAUAAAUCUGUAGACUAAAACUUCCGUUCAGAUAUAUGUAGACCCCGUGGAAUAAUGUAAUUUCUCAUAUUUUAUCACCAGUUUUGGUAAUUGAGGAAAUAUUUGAACAAAGUUGGGUACAGUCAUGUGAAGAAAAAAAAACUACCUCACACAAAAAGACAAUUUAUGUAGCAAGAAACACAAACAUUUUGCCUGGCAGCCAUAUGAACAAAUGCAGAGCAGUUUGCAAUGUGGUAUGAGGAAAAUUCUUCCUUUGGACCGUUUUCUGAACUCUGCUUUAUUUUACCCAUGGGUUAAAGUCUAUUUGAAUCAUGAAAAAUAAAGUUUGAACAUUUAGACCGCAGACAAAGUUAAUUUACUGAGCUCUUUUGUAAUGAUUCAUUUAAUAAAGAAAAUUAUUGUGGUUAUCGUCUUUAGAUAGUGUUAGAUACGCUGAACACCAGAUGUUCUGAUAUUUGCUAUCACAGAUUUGUGCUAUAUAUUGCUACCCCUUCGUUGACCACAGAUUUAAAGCACAGAAAAACCAUAAUUUGAAAUACAGGCCAAUAUAACAAUGAAAUAUUAGAUGCUAUUAAUGUAGAAUCAAGUGUGUCUUUAUUCCACAUAUAUUUCCAUGGAAAAAGGUGGGGUUUUUUUUCUUCAUUUAAUUACAUGUUUGAAAUGAACUCAAUUCUAAUAAUGUCCACUAAAGUAUUUGUAUGUGUAUUGUAACAGUUGAACACUUACAUGUAGUCUGUAGAGAGUCUAUGUUUGCAAAUGUUAUUAACAUAUAUUUGAAUCAUGUAACUUACAUUCAAACUAGAAUGUUUAGUAGUCAGUAACCUGAUAGACUGACAUUGAAAUAGGUAUUUUCAAAGUAUACAUUUAUUUGUACCAUAGUGAGGUAAAUAUGUUAGUGUAGGAAUAUAUAGUAAUGCAACAGUUCCUUUUAUUGUAUUGUACUAGGAAUAAUUUUCACAAUUAUUACAUUUACACUUAUUGAAACAGAUAUUGAUAUUGAUAUUGAUAUUGGAUUAAAAAAAAACUUUUUUAAUGGCUGAUUUUUUAUUUUGACUGUUAUUAAAACACCCACACCGCGUCAUUUCUUCAAUAAUUACUGGUAUACAUCUUUUGAAAAAGCUCAAAAUUUCAGACUCUUUUUUUUUUUAUUGUACAGUGUGUAAUUUCUAUGAAAACUCUUUUCUUCAAAUUAUUACCUGAACACACAAAAUAAAUGUUUUUACACACUUUUUAAUGGUGAUUUAGAGGGGUUUUUUUUAAUUUUUUUAUUAUGAAACUCAUUAAGUCUUUUUAAAAGGUAUCUUAUCCUACAUGAUUAAUCAUUUUUGUGUCUAUCCAUCUCUGAGAUGAGCAUGAGACAUUGUUUGCAAAAAAAUGUGAUAUAAACUUGUGCCAAAGUGGAGAUGAUUAUUUUUUAGCUUGCUUUCUAUAACAAUACUUCAAUUACACUCAAUUCAUGCAAUUGCUUCCCAUCCUCUCUUGAUCUUCUAAGGCCCCAUUUUCAUCUGGUUUCUUAAAUCAGUUUAGUGAAAACCGGUUUAUAGUGGGAACCAGCUUAAUGUGUAAUGGGAACACUCAAAGCGGUCUUUGGAAGCGAUCGUAAAUGGUCUUCAAAACUGGUUUUGAAAACCACAUAGUAAUAUGGUUUUCAAGACCGUUUUGCCCCUUUAAGCAUAUGUGAGGACAUGACCAUUCGCAUGUUGGGUAUGUUACUGUAAGUAGAAUGCUUGCGCUGGGUUUUAAAUUUCGUGCAAAACAAGUGGCCGCACGUUCCCAUAGCAACAAGACCACUUUACGGAAAGCGGUUCUGGAAACCAGUUCAGGAGAUGGUGAUGAAAAAAUAUUUUCUAAACUGGUUUCCUAAACUGGUUUAAGGGAAACGUUUAAAGAAAGUAGAUGAGAACAGGGUCAAAACUUGAGAUCAUACCCAGCCGAAUACCUCAUAAAUAUCUCUCAGCGUUCAGAUGCAAAACUUUUAUUUACAUUACAUGGUUUAACAGAUGCAGAAUAAUAAAGGCAUACAGUCACAAGUUCUUGCCCAAAAAUGCAAUUCACAUAUCUUUUUUUAAUAAAAAAAAUAUAAAUAAAUAAAAAGUUUGUGCAUGUAUUAUGUUAUCAUUUUCCCAUUUACAUGCAUAGACACUAUUUUAUUGGUAAUAUUGUCUUAGUAGUACUUUGCAAUGUUUCAAUAUUUUUGCUUGUUUAUUUUAAACAUCCAUUCAUUCUUUUUGAGAUAUCGAUCUAUCAGAAUCAGAUAUGAUUAGUGAACUCAGGUUUCGUUUUAAAGUUGGCAAGAGCUACAGGAUUACUUCUCAAAAUUAGAUAUUUUAAGAAAAGUUUCAGAUUUGCCUCUUUUACGAAUGAUUACUAUUUUUAUCAAAAGUAAAUUUGCGGAUCUACUAUUAAUCAGUUAUAAAUAUAAAAAAGAUUCAAGAACAUUUCAUACAAGUGACCGAGAUGUACUGAAGUGUAAACUCCUAAGAAAUAUGUUUAAAAAACUUUUUACUUCAAUGCAAAGAUUUGGAUUUAUAUUUUUAAGAAAAAAAAAACUAUAUACCUAAUUCUAUGAAGCCUAUUCAUAUUAAUCACACUUUAUCACUUUGUGUUUAUCAGAUAAGUCAUGAAAUGCAGAUAAUAAUCAUAAAUGUGUUUACUAGAUAAAAAAAUAGACUUUUAGAUUAUAAUAUGUUUAUAGUUCAUUUUUGGUUAUAAUUCCUGGUAAAGCACAUCAUUGAACAAUAUUUCCUACUGUUUCUAAAAUGAUAAGCCAUUGAUUUUAUUUUCAUAUGAUAUUUCUGUCAGUUUAAUGUAUUUUCAGUGAUAAAUUCAGUCAGAAACUUCAGUGAUACAUUGCAAUGAUUACCGGGUAGAAUAAAUGAUUCACUUCACCAUCUUUCAUUUGAAGUGGUAUCAAUGUAUUUGAUUAAUAAAUGAUAAUAAUCAUGUUUUAUUUGCAUGUAUAUGUGUACUCAUGUACAUUGUAAACAUGCACACACAUGUACAAAGAAAUGUGAA